AUGAAGUGCGUCCUGCUGGGCCAGGUCCUGGUGCUGCUCUGGGUGUCCGUGGCUUGGGCUGAGGUCCUGGUGCAGCCCGAUUUUGAUGCUAAGAAGUUCUCAGGCCUCUGGUACGUGGCCUCCAUGGUCUCCGACUGCAAGGUCUUCCUGGGCAAGAAGGACCACCUGCUGAUGUCCACCAGGGCCAUCAAGGCCAUGGCGGGGGGCAAUCUCAGUGUCCACAUGGAGUUCCCUCGGGCUGAUGGCUGUCACCAGGUGGAUGCUGAGUACCUGAGGGUGGGCUCUGAGGGCCACUUCAGAGUCCCAGCCCUGGGCUACCUGGACGUGCGCAUCGUGGACACAGACUAUAGCUCCUUCGCCGUGGUCUAUAUCUACAAGGAGCUGGAGGGAGCGCUCAGCACCAUGGUGCAGCUCUACAGCCGGACCCAGGAAGCAAGUCCCCAAGCUGUGAAGAUCUUCCGGGACUUCUACCCCACCGUGGGGCUCCCGGACGACAUGAUGGUCAUGCUGCCCAAGUCAGAUAUGUGCUUCUCUGGGGACAAGGAGGCUCCCUGACACCUGCGGAGACCCACCUCGG